AUGAAUUAAGUCUGUUCAUAUAAAUAUUGCACGAGCAAGACAGUUCUAGAAUUGGGAUACAUUUGUUCUGCCUGUUAAAUUAUGAAAUAUUGCUCUUAAAAAUGCAAGGAUAAUGAUUGGUAGAUAGUGUAAUUUAUUAAAGGACUUUGUCUCAUAAGAACAAUUGCAGACUUUACCUACCAAAGUCAAAGACAGAACUCAACGACUCAGCUUCAACAUUAAAAUCGAUUAGAAGGUCAGCUGAAGAUUUUGAAAUCAUCAUCAAGGAUAAUAAGAUGGAAUUGGGAAAAGGCAGUUAUGGGUGUGUUAAACUUGUCAAGGAUCGCUAGAAUGGAUAAAUGUAUGCUAUGAAAGUGGUAAUAAUGGUUAUUAAGUUUAAGAUGAAUAAAAAGUAAAUAUUUGAGUAUUGUUCUGUUGAAAAUCUUAAAAGAGAGAUUAAAAUCUAAAGAAGACUAUAGCAUCCUCACAUCACUAAGUUAUUUCAUUAUUUUGAAGAUAAAGAGAAUGUAUUUCUUAUAUUAGAAUUAGCAGGUAUCUUAAAUCUGAUAUAUUUUAAGAAAAUGGCAGUUUAUUCAGCUAUAUUAGAAAAAGAAGAAGACUCCCAGAAAAUGAAGCUUUUGUAUAUUUCUUUUAGACUUGCUUAGGAAUUGAUUAUUUGCAUAAGAAGAACAUAAUCCACAGAGAUUUAAAACCAGAAAAUUUAUUAUUAGAUAAAUCAGGCAAUAUAAAGGUUUGUGAUUUUGGAUGGUCAGCUGAAACAACUUAGAAUGGUGUAAGAAGAACCUUCUGUGGAACCCUUGAUUACAUGGCUCCUGAAAUGCUAACCAAUUAACCAUAUAGUUUUAGUUUAGACAUUUGGUGUUUAGGAAUUUUAUUAUACGAAUUAAUACAUGGUUAUGCACCAUUUAAAGGAAGGACUGAAAACGAAAAAUGCAAUAAUAUCGUUAAAAUGGCAACUAUCGAUUAUGAUCCAACAUUGUCUACUGAAGCUAAAUAAUUAAUUCAAGGAAUUUUAAAAUACAACCCUGCUGAAAGGCUUUCAAUGAACUAAAUAUUCGAUCAUGUUUGGCUGAAAAAGCACUACAAGAGUUACGGUAUUGACUUAAGAUCAUAUAUGUAUAAAGAGGAAAAAUAGAAUGAUUUGUCUAGUAGAUCUAUUUCACCCCAAAAUGAGGACAUUAUGAGUAGAUCAUUUAUUAAAAAUACAAAUUAGAAUAGUAAUUGUGAUUUAAAAACUUUAUCAAAAUCAUCCAAUUACCCGAACUAGUAAAAUGUUAAUAAUAAUUGUAAAUCCACAGCUUGUUCUAAUUACAAUUAUGAAGAUGAUUUUAAAACUAGAGUUAGUCGAGUUUCCCAAAGGUAGUAAAUGGCCCAGGGAUUAAGAGAAAUAUAAGGGCCUUAAUAGAGAUAAGAGGAAUUGGGAUUUAUGGAUAAGGUAUUUUCUGCUUUUGGGUGUUUGAGCAGAGAUAAACAAUAAUCAUAAUCUCAUAAUUAUUGA